UUGUAAGGCUGGAACCAACAAAUAGCAGCGAAAAGAGAGAGACUUCCUGUCCCCGUCUCUGACUGUUGAUUUAUCAUCCUCGCCAACUAUCGCCAUUUCUCUCUAUCUCUAUCUCUCUCUCUCUCUCUCUCGCUAAGAAACCGAAAGCAGAAAAGGAAAAGAAAAUGGCGACUCAUAGAAGCUCGCGCAGUGGAGUCGGCGUUUCGUUUCGGGUGUUGGGAUCGGCUGUAUCACUAGCAGUGUUUCUGUGCUUGACCGUAUCUCUUCUCUUCACUGCUCACUCUCACUCUACCACCGACACCCAUGGUUUCAGUAAUGUGGGAUACGGGUUGGGAUCCGGCAGGAGAUCCGUGCUGGCGAUGAAAUCGGAUCCGCUUAAGUCACGAUUGGAUCAGAUCCGGAAGCAAGCGGAUGAUCACCGGUCGCUAGCGCAUGCGUAUGCAUCGUAUGCGCGGAAACUGAAGCUUGAGAAUUCGAAGCUUGUUAGGGUUUUUGCUGAUCUGUCGCGAAAUUACACUGAUCUUAUUAACAAGCCAUCGUAUAGAGCUCUUUCCGAGUCGGAUUCUCUGUCCAUUGAUGAGGCUACGCUUAGAUUGUUCGAGAAGGAAGUGAAAGAGAGGAUCAAAGUUACGAGGCAAGUGAUUGCUGAAGCGAAAGAGAGUUUUGACAAUCAGUUGAAGAUUCAGAAGUUGAAGGAUACUAUUUUUGCGGUUAAUGAGCAGUUAACCAAAGCGAAAAAGCAAGGGGCGUUUUCGAGUUUGAUUGCUGCGAAAUCGAUACCUAAGAGUUUGCAUUGCCUUGCGAUGAGGUUGAUGGAGGAGAGGAUUGCUCAUCCGGAGAAGUAUAAUGAUGAAGGGAAGCCACCCCUUCCGGAGUUGGAGGAUCCGAAGCUUUAUCAUUAUGCGAUUUUCUCUGAUAAUGUGAUUGCAGCGUCGGUGGUGGUGAAUUCCGCGGUGAAGAAUGCAAAAGAGCCAUGGAAACAUGUUUUUCAUGUCGUGACUGAUAAAAUGAAUCUCGGGGCAAUGCAGGUUAUGUUUAAAUUAAAAGAUUAUAAUGGGGCACAUAUAGAGGUGAAAGCUGUUGAGGAUUAUAAAUUCUUGAAUUCUUCAUAUGUGCCUGUACUUAAGCAAUUGGAGUCGGCGAAUCUGCAGAAGUUUUACUUUGAGAAUAAGCUCGAGAAUGCAACCAAGGAUACUACAAAUAUGAAGUUUAGGAACCCCAAGUACUUGUCAAUCUUGAAUCACUUACGGUUCUAUUUGCCGGAGAUGUAUCCAAAGUUGCAUAGAAUAUUGUUUUUAGAUGAUGAUAUAGUGGUGCAAAAGGACUUGACCGGGUUAUGGAAGAUAGAUAUGGAUGGGAAGGUGAAUGGAGCUGUGGAGACCUGUUUCGGGUCAUUUCAUAGGUAUGCUCAGUAUAUGAAUUUCUCACACCCCUUGAUCAAGGAGAAGUUUAACCCGAAGGCUUGUGCUUGGGCGUACGGCAUGAACUUCUUUGAUUUGGAUGCUUGGAGGAGAGAGAAGUGCACGGAAGAGUAUCAUUAUUGGCAGAACCUGAAUGAGAACCGAACCUUGUGGAAAUUGGGGACGCUGCCCCCGGGUUUAAUCACAUUUUACUCAACAACAAAGCCGCUAGACAAGUCAUGGCAUGUCCUGGGACUUGGGUAUAAUCCUAGCAUUAGUAUGGACGAGAUUCAGUCUGCCGCGGUGGUGCAUUUCAAUGGGAAUAUGAAGCCGUGGCUUGAUAUUGCAAUGACCCAGUUUAAACCCCUAUGGACAAAGCAUGUUGACUAUGAGUUGGAGUUUGUCCAGGCCUGCAAUUUUGGUCUCUAAAUACCCUUCAUGGUUGAAGAUUUGCCAGUGCCAGUAAAACCUAUAUCUUGUGUCCUCUUGUUACACCACCGUCAAUUAUUCGCAUCCAAGAUGGAAGAAAUCCAACGCCACCCCAAGUGUAGCAUAAGUUGAAUUAAUUUUAGAUUUCUUCUCCCACUUAUUUAUACAAAGCAUGUCAACUAAAAUGUGUAUUUGACCGCAAGGUGUAGUAGCUACAAAAAAACAUGGUUGGAUUUUAAUGUUAUAUUGUUCAAGAAUUUCUCAAA